AUGCGCGGAGCGCUGAGGGUGACGAUGACAGGGAGGCGCCCUGCGUCGGCGAUCGCCAGCCGGCGGCGGAGCCCCCGCGCGGAGUCCUCGCGACGUCGGGACGUCGCGGUGGCCCGCGGCUCCAGCCCCAUCGACGUCGACAGCGAGCGGCUUGGGGAGGUGCUUCGGAUAGGCGGGAGAGGCGAGGGCGUGGCGCGCGUCAAGGCGGAGCCGCAUUCCGGAAGCGAGUCCGACGGCGACGAGGCGGGAGGUCGUGCGCGGGUGCCGGUCGCCGCCGCGAAGCAGAGGAAGCGUGGAAGGGAAUCCCCAAGCAGAGGCCAGAAGCGCCGGGUGGGUGCUCGCGUCAAGGAGGAGCCGAAUUCCGGAAGCGAUUCCGACGGCAAUGCAGCGGGACGUCGUGCACGGUUUCCGGUAGCCGCCGCGAAGCAGAGGAAGCGGGGACGGGAAACCCCAAGCAGAGGCCAGGAGCGCCCCACAGGUGUUCGCGUCAAAAAGGACCCGCACUCAGGAAGCGAUUCCGACGGUAAUGGGGCGGGAGGUAGUGCACUGGCGCCGGUCGCCGCCGCGAAGCAGAGGAAUCAGGGAACAAAAGCCGCACGCACAAGCAGAGCCCAGGAGGGCCGGGCGGUUGUUGGCGAGACUCCCACCUCCGCCGCUCGGUCGAAUGGUGCUCCCUCCUCCGCCAAGGCGAGAGCUGGAGGGCAUGAGAGAGGUCGCCAGAGAAACGAGGGCUCUGGUCGGAGUUGCCCUACGCCGGUGAGCCGGGUAAGCGUAGGGGUUGGUUCGAGGACUCGGUCACGCUCCUCCGAGCAGAGGAGAGUGCAGUCUGCAGAGUAUGUUGCAUGGGAGCAACAAAAAGAGGUGGAGGACAAGGACAGUGACCUGGAAGUGGUGGCAGAGGAGGAAGAAGAAGAAGAAGACAAUGAGGAGGUGAUGGUGGUCCGUUCAAACAACAUUGAAAAUGGCAAUGGUGAAGUCAAUGAGAAAGGCAGAACGGAUCAUGAUGUUGAGGAGAGAGAGGAGAAGGGAUCAGGGACGGAUGAAGAUGGGGUUAGUGAUGACAGUGAUGAGACCUUCAGUGAAGAAAGGGAUGAAGAUGAAUCAGACAAGGAGGAGGAGGAGGAGGAGGAGGAGGAGGAAGAAGAAGAAGAAGAAGAAGAAGAAGAAGAAGAAGAAGAAGAAGAAGAAGAAGAAGAAGAAGAAGAAGAAGAAGAAGAACCCAAUGAGGAACCUGAUCAACCAGCUGAGGCCGGUGAGAAAUUGCCUUCCCGUUCAGGACUCAGGGGAAGGCAGUUGAUCGGGAAGAGGAUGUUUGAGGGGUUGUAUUUUCCAGAACAGGUGGAAACCACCAGUGGCAGCAACAUCGGAGCUCGCACGCGAUCAAAUUUCAAGCACAAGAAGCUCCUGGACAGGAAACUGCUCAAGCGUGGGACAUUCAGCAAGCCGUACUGUAUCGAUGUGUCGGAGUCGAGCUCGGAGUCGGUGGAACCACAGCCGGAGCAGGUCCAGGGCCAGCCGGCAUUCAGCGGGGAUAGCUUGGAUGAUGGCAGCAGCGGUGAGAAACGCAGAGCUGUGAAAAGGAGGAAAUUGAACAGGAGACGAAGUUGCCAUAGUGAUAGCGAGGAGGAUGCACCAUGUGUACCUGAUGCCAGGGAGGGAUCAGGUUCUAGGAGUAGGAGGGGACAAAAAGGAGCAUCCUACCGGCAGGCUUCCAGGGCGGGUGACAAGAAAAAGGAUGGUUCUACUCCACACAGCGUCGGGAAGAAUGGUGCAAAGGCCGGGGGCCAAACGAACGGGCUCGAUGGACAGAAUGGCGUAUCCUUCAAGAGAAAUGCUCAGAAGAGGAAGCGUGGGCGAGCAAGGGCAGACCAAGAAAAGUAUGGCCAUCUGCUCGACCCCAUGUUUGAUGAAAUAGAAAGCAAUCAAUAUGAGCCUGUUCCUGAAGAGCAAAUCGACAAGAGAUUGCCCCUGAUAUUCGCAUUUGGGGAUGACGAUGAGCCCGAGAAGGACUCCACACAUAACAAGUUGCAGGACGAAGAUGAACUGUGGACAGAGUUUGAUUUUGCUCUGGAAUCCAUCAAUGUUUGCUCUCAUAACUGCGAGGAGCACGAAAAGAAUGAUGAGCAAGAAAUUCCUGCGGACAAAGCAGCUUCAUGCAGUCAAGGGAAGCAUGAGCUCUUUAUUGAUGAGCAAAUAGGUGUUAGAUGCAAGCACUGCCACUAUGUUGAUCUUGAAAUCAGAUUCGUGCUUCCCUCCAUGGUGAAGUCCUAUGCUGAAAGGGAGAUGAAAAAGGAUCAUGACUUAGACUUAGUUUUUGAUGAUAUCCUAACAUCAGUGGGAUAUGAAGGACCACGUGAUUUUGGUGGUGAUAAAACUGUCCUGGUUUGGGAUCUCGUUCCUGGGGUCCGGGAAGACAUGUUCCCACACCAGCGGGAAGGUUUUGAGUUCAUGUGGAGAAAACUAGCAGGGGGGAUUUCCAUUGAACAGCUGAAGCACACUGUGGGCACUAUUGAAGGUGGCUGUGUGAUUUCUCAUGCCCCAGGGACAGGGAAGACCAGACUAGCAAUCACAUUUGUGCAAUCUUACUUUGAGUUUUUCCCAGAGUGUUGCCCAGUGAUAAUUGCUCCUAGAGGGAUGCUUGCUACAUGGGAACAAGAGUUCAGAAAAUGGAAGGUAAAGGUUCCUUUUCAUGUGUUGAAUUCUAAUGAGAUUAACUGGAAUGAAGACAAGACCAUCAAAUAUCUGGCUACCAUGGAUGAAAAAUUGGCACAAAGUUUAGCCAGAAACAAAUUGGACCAGAAAUUUAGGCGAAAGUUGAAGUUGGCGUCAUGGCGUAAAGGGAGCAGCAUAAUUGGUGUGAGCUAUUCGCUUUUCAGGAAACUGGCAAACCAUGACGGAAUAGAUGGGCUCAUGGUGAGGAAUCUGCUCCUUGAGAAGCCUGACUUGUUGGUCCUUGAUGAGGGACACACACCAAGGAACAAGAAAAGCCUUAUAUGGAAGGUUCUUGCAAAAGUUCGCACUGAAAAGCGAAUAAUUCUAUCAGGGACUCCAUUUCAGAACAACUUUCUAGAGCUUUAUAAUAUCUUGUACCUGGUUAGACCGAAGUUUGCAAGGGAUUUUGCUUCUAAAAGUUUCAAGAAAAAAGGCUUCGCUUCAAGAACCAGCCGAUCAAGAGAGAUGCUUCUUGGGAAGGAUGAUGAAGGCAAGGAUUUCUGGACUUCAUUAAAACUAAAUAACAUCACAGAGGAAAAUAUAGAUGAAAUCCGGAAAAUACUUGAUCCAAUUGUGCACAUCCAUAAUGGUGACAUUCUUCAAAAGUCUCUUCCAGGCUUGAGGGAAUCAGUUGUGGUUCUGAAUCCCCUUCCUCAUCAGAAGGAAAUCAUCACGGCGAUGGAAAAUACUGUGGCAAUGGGGACUCUUGAUUCAGAAUACAAGAUCUCCCUUGCAUCUAUACAUCCGUUCCUCAUCACAUGUACAAAACUGUCGGAGAACGAAACAUCUUGUGUGAAUGUGUCCUUACUGAAGAGUUUACGGCCAAACCCAUGCGAGGGGGUCAAGACAAGGUUUGUUUUGGAAAUUGUUCGUCUGUGUGAAGCCAUGAAAGAGCGAGUGCUUGUGUUCAGUCAGUAUCUUGAACCACUCUCUUUGAUCGUGGAUCAGCUUAGUAAAAUGUUCAGUUGGACUGAAGGCAAGGAGAUCCUUCUGAUGAGUGGAAAUGUCCUAGUUAAAAAUCGAGGAGCCUUGAUGGAGGCCUUCAAUGACAUGAAAAGCGAUGCCAAGGUAAUGCUUGCAUCAACCAAGGCGUGCUGUGAAGGCAUCACACUCAUUGGGGCAUCACGUGUGGUUCUCCUUGAUGUUGUGUGGAAUCCUUCUGUUGGAAGGCAGGCGAUUGGCCGAGCUUAUAGAAUUGGUCAAGAGAAGAUUGUGUAUACAUACAAUUUAAUAACAGAAGGAACAAAAGAGAAAGACAAAUACGACAGACAAGGAAGAAAGGAUCAAAUGUCCAAACUGCUGUUUUCAAAAGAACUCCAACCUUCAGGGUUCAACUUAUCUCAAGAAGUGAUAUUCAAUGACAAGAUAUUGGAAGCAAUGACAUCACAUGAGGAGCUCAAAGACAUGUUUGUGAAGAUCCUCCCUUCUUAUUAACAGUAAACUUAUAGCUAAAUCAGAAAUGGAGACUACAUUUGUCUUCUCAAGAAGAGCACCUGAGUUAUUGGAGGAUGGUAGGCUCAGGAUGCUGAUGUGGAUAAAAUUUAUUUUUGCCGGGUGUGGAUAAAGCUAUUCACUGUCAGGCUAUGUACUUUGCAUCGAAAUGUUCAUUGCUUGAAUGUUGAAACUGGAAUUGAUUUCUACCAUGUUAUGUGAUGUGGUGACCUGGGCUCCAUUGAAAAAUGUAGCAAUGGAGUCAUGAAGUUUGGUUAGUUUCAUGUCCCUAUGUUCUGGCUGAAGGUUCUGAGUUCAUACCAUGUAUGAUCUAUAACUGAACCUCAUCGUUUUUAUAGGGAGGUUGCAUGUCCUUGGUAAUGCAGCAGAGCUUCUUAUCUGUGGAGAAGAAAAUAAAUGGCUGCACCUCCAUAUUGUCAAGAUGUUGCUGCCUGAAAUUGUACUCAACUAGAUGCUCAAAGGAUUGAAUUGAAAUUGUACAAAACCAUGGGGUAGUUUCUUCCUGAACCUGCAAAGCCUGAGAUUUUUGGAACUUCUAUAAUUGCUUGAGUUCCAGGGCUCUUUUUGUUCUUUCUUUUUUUUUUUGAAACCGAAGCCAGCAGGAGCUGGUGCUAUAUAUUAAGAAGAAAAGCAGGAGAUUUGUACAAGAUUUAACAUAAGCCUGCAGACAAGCUGCCUACGGCUCACCAUACUUGCCCAGUGUUCUGGCUCUUUUUGUUCUUAAGCUAUAUGCAAAGAAUGGAUGCCCCUGAGGCUCGUAUACUG